AUGGCACCAGCCACCCCCCAGCACCUCCUAAACACCUCCUGGACCCUCCACCGUCUCUCCCCCCUCCACCACGAAAAAGAGUUCGCGACACUCAGCACUCCCACCGCAUUAAAGACAUACGCAUCGCGACUCCAAGACCAACUCACCGGGAGCACACUAGGCGGGCUUCAAGCGAGUGGUAUCACAUCAGGCGCAGUCGCCGACGACGAAGCUCUCUCCCGAACGGGCGCUCUCAAUUCAUGCACCUGGGAGACACUCCCAAGCCUCUCGUUCCUUGAACCGCAAACACAGUCUCGAUCCAACCGUCGGCAACCAAAGCAACAACCCGGUAUUCUCGUGAUCCUGGAAUACGAGAACAUCGUCUACAAAGCUGCGUUGCUCGCCCCUCCCCCGACGACAGGCUCUCCCACCUCCGACCGCAAAGGAUCCACUCAUCUUCCGCUCCUGUUAACGCGCUUACCGGGCCCCCUCCGCCAAACAUUCAUCUCCUUCCUAGCCGCAAACUUCGACACAUACUGCUCCGCUCUGCGCUUUCCAUCGCAUUUCAUGUGCGCCGGGCUAGAAGCGUACGUCAAUGGAAUAAACACCGAGGAAGACGACCGCGCAGCGCAGCGACAGACUGUCCUCGAAGACGUGGUGAAAGAGAUGCAGAUCACGCUGUCGUUUUCGUCAUCCAUCGCGCCAGAGCUACGGUCUCUGAACGUUAAUAUCCCGCGCGGGUCAUUGGCUGAUUUCGUUGACACUGAUCGCGAGGACGGGUCUAUACUGUCGAGUCUUUCGUCGUACCUUGAGAAACACCUGGCUAUGAAGUUGGAUUUGAGCGCAGAGUCAAAUAAGAAGAUUAGUCCGGCUAAGGAGCACGUGCGUGUGAGCAGAAUUUCUUGUGGAGGAUUCUUGCUUGGUGGGGAUGGGAGGUUGAAGCUGGUUUCGGUGCAGAAGAUGAUACCGGGGGCUGACGUUGAUGAGGAGGACGUGGUGGGGGGUGAGGGGGGUAGUGGUGAGGCUCCGGGUGAGAAGGCUCGGCUUAUGCUACGGGCGAAUGAGGCUCUCUUGCUUGCUGUUCUACGCAGGGUUGCGUCUGUUGAUGAGCAGGGUGUUUGA